UCACAAGAGAGAGACACAGUUCAAUUGAAUCUGAAAAAACUGGGAUCAUGGAGGUGACGAACAAGAAACUGAUAUUGAAAGACUAUGUUUCUGGGUUCCCCAAAGAAUCAGACAUGGAAGUGAUUUGCACUGAUAGAAUCAAUCUGAAGCUUCCAGAAGAAAACUCCUCCAAGGGCGCCGUUUUGGUCAAAAACCUUUUCUUGGCUGCUGAUCCUCACCUUCGACCCUUGAUGAAGAAGGCUGAUAAUUUCAGCGUCUUGCAGUCCUUCACUCCCGGUACCCCACUAUAUGGGUAUGGAGUGGCCAAAAUUGUGGAUUCAAAGCACCCAGAUUUUAAAGAAGGUGAUUUGGUGUGGGGCAUAACUGGAUGGGAAGAGUACACACUCAUUACGGCACCUGAAACCUUGUUCAAAAUACACAACACUGAUGACGACGACGUGCCUUUAUCCUAUUACAGUGGAAUCCUUGGGAUGCCAGGUUUAACAGCUUAUGCGGGAUUCUUUAAUGUGUGUGCUCCAAAGAGAGGAGAGAGAGUGUUCAUCUCAGCGGCUGCAGGAGCUGUGGGUCAACUUGUGGGGCAGUUUGCCAAACUCAGUGGCUGUUAUGUUGUUGGAAGUGUUGGCUCUCAAGACAAGGUUGCUUUGGUAAAGAAAAAAUUUGGGUUUGACGAUGCUUUCAACUAUAAGGAAGAACCUGACUUGGAUGCAGCCUUGAAAAGGUACUUCCCAGAAGGCAUAGACAUAUAUUUCGAGCUUGUUGGAGGCAAAAUGCUGGAUGCAGUUCUUGUGAACAUGAAAGUGCAUGGUCGAAUCGCUGUGUGUGGAAUGAUAUCUCAGUACACUCUUGAUAAGCCUGAAGGAAUCACUAACAUUACGUCUCUUGUUUACAAAAGGAUUCGUAUGCAAGGUUACAACGUGGUGGAUUAUUACCAUCUUUAUCACAAGUAUUUGGACUUCAUUUUGCCUUAUAUUAAGGAGGGCAAGAUUUCUUGUGUGGAAGACAUUGUUGAUGGACUUGAAAAUGGUGCUUUGGCUUUGGUGAGAGUAUUUAGGGGUCUCAACAUCGGCAAGCAAGUAGUUUCACUUGCUAAUUAACCACGACUAGAGGAUAUAUAUUUUCUUCCAGUUUCACAGAUUUUCUCGGGAAAAUAAAGUAGCAUCAUUAACUUCUAUAUAUAGAAAUGUGUCUGUAAUAAUGUGACAUAUAUGAGAUCACUAUAUCAUAACUCUAAAACUCUGUCACCUACUCUGUUUAAAACUUCAGCGUUGUUGUAUUUACUCUUUAAGAAGGUUCCUGAAAUAUUUAUUUUUCUUAAC